AUGGCCAUCGAGAAAGUGCUAGGGAUGUGGUGGUGUACGUCGUCGGACGCCUUCACCUACAAGGUCGGCAGGAGCCGGAAUGAUCGAGCGCUGUGGCAAGGCCAACCGUAUCCUACUAAAAGGGAAGUACUCCGGGUGCUCGGACUGAUUGCUAACUUCCUGAUGGUCCUGAAGAUUUUACUGCAAGAAGUUUGGCGAUCUGGCAACCAGUGGGAUGACCCGAUCAGCGAAUCUUCGUUCGAAAAGUGGAAGCGGUGGCUGCAGGUUCUCCUGCGAGUGGAACAGGUCACGGUCCCGCGAUGCUAUCGUAUUCGGACUAGUUCCAGUGCAAAUUAUGAAGUACAGCUGCACACAUUUGUCGAUGGCAGUGAGAACGGCUUUGCCACCGCCGUAUAUCUACGUUUUGUCCAGAAGGGGAUCGUGGAGUGUGUCCUAGUCUCGGCCAAGACACGGGUGGCACCGCUGAAAUUCACUUCAAUUCCGAGGCUUGAACUCCAAGCAGCUGUUUUUGUGGCGUUCAGAGUGAGCGAGAUUCUCGAAAUCACCGAGAUAAAUGAAUGGCGCUUGGUGCCUACCAAGCUGAACGUAGCCGAUGACGCUACCAAAUGGACUGGCCAACCGGAUAUGACUGCCAACAGCAGAUGGUUUAAAGAACCAGAUUUUCUUUGGCGUCCGGAGGCGGAGUGGCCACAACCGCCGACUAAAAGCGGUUCCUCAACCGCAGAGCUUCACCCCAAUCUACUGAUACACUACACGGCUUCUUCGAAGCGAUGCGUCAAUAUCGUCGUACAUGUAUACCCCUUUCCAGCCAACUGCAAACUGCAACUCCAAGGGAAGUCGAUCGUUACAGGUCACCAACAGCAGAAGAAGCUCAAGAAGGCAGAGAGCUACCUUCAUCGCCACGCGCAACUGGAAGCGUACCAAGGAGAAAUGACCCUGUUGCAACAGCGAACUUAUCAGCUAACGCCCGUACUGGAUCAACGGGGCGUCAUUGUGAUGAAGGGUAGAACACGGUUCUGCGACUUCGUUACAGAAGAUGCAAAGAAUCCAAUUAUUUUACCUCGCGACCACCACCUAACCACCUUGAUCAUAGCAUACUACCACCAAAAAUACCACCACCAGAACCAUGAAGCCACCAUAAAUGAAACCCGCCAGAAAUACAAGAUUUCUCGACUACGAGUUUGCUACGCUAAAGUCAGAAGGCGAUCCCAACAGUGUAAGAAUGAUAGCUCAGUUCCACGUCCUCCAAUUAUGGCCGAUCUCCCACCAGCACGACUCGCGGCAUUCUCACGUCCGUUCACACACGUUGGGAUCGACUACUUCGGGCCAAUUGGGUACGUCAACGGUAAAAGAGUGGAGAAACGAUGGGCAAUACUCGCAACCUGUCUAACCAUUCGUGCGCAGGGCCGGCGGAAAGCGUUGAAUCUGGCUGCCAUCUGCCCGACGAAGAAACCGACUGAUGAAGUACUCCAGAGCCUUCUGACUGAGAUUAAGAACGUAGUGAACUCUCGGCCAUUGACCCGCGUUCCGGUGGACGAUGAAUCGGACCCCGCUCUAACUCCGAACCAUUUCCUGCUCGGUUCCUCGAAUGGAACGAAGCCACUCACUGUAAACGACGACAGCGGCAUCGUGUUGCAUCAAGGCUGGCGCGUAUCGCAAACGCUAGUCAAUCAAUUCUGGAGGCGCUGGUUAACAAACUACUUGCCAGAGAUUACCCGAAGAACGAAGUGGUUCAUCCAUACGAAACCCGUGUGUGCAGGAGACGUCGUUGUCAUCGUCGAUCCGAAACUGCCGAGAAACUGUUGGCCGAAGGGAAAGAUCAUUGAGACUUGCAAUACCAGAGACGGUCAGAUACGGUCAGCCACUGUACGGACGGUGAAUGGCAUGUACUAG